UUAGCGCCGGUGCACCCAGGGGGCGAUUUUUUGCCCCUCCUAAGGGCAACGACUGGAGAUGCCCUAAAUCUCCGUCUUCCUUCCCGCUGGUCAGUCCCAUGGCCACCUCGCCUUCUUCCUCCACGUCGGUCGGCGGAUCGCCUUUUUCCUCGUCCCCGCCGUUCAGUCGCACGGCCACCUCGCCUUCUACCUCCACGCUGGUCGGCGAAUCGUCUUCCUCCCCGCCGGUCAAGUUAGUCGCCACUAAAGAAAAUACGUCGGUUUUGACGGAAAAACCGAGGAGGAAGGGUCGACGAAAUAGAAGAGACACUCCCACCGCCGUCAUGUUCCCGCCGGGAUCUGUUGAGGGCAGGCAGCAGCCACAAGAGAGGAGGUCAUCCCUGCCGGUAAAGAUCAGAUAUUCUAAUACAAAGCAGAGGAUGGCACUCUCCCUGUCUCAGCCGGUGGAUCAGGUCGGAGGCAGAUUCUCUGCACUUGUGGAUUUGCCUGAUGAGGAAAAGUCAUCUUCCGAUGAGGGUUCAGAGACUUAUGACACAGACCAUGUUUUGGCCUGGAGAGAUCCCGGUUUGCCUACACCAGUUUAUGUCAGAAUGGAUAGUUCAGGAGUUUAUUACACAUAUCCUACUCUGGGUGAUAAGCCAUUGCAGAGUCUUGAAGAAGUUGCAAGUGCUGUUGAUUCCUAUGCUCGUCCCAAUAGCAAUGCCAUGUCUGAUAAGGAGCUUUCAGAGAAGGACCGUGCUGUACGUGAACGUCUUUACUUUCCAGAUGGCACCCCGAAGGUCUACACAAGGGCUAAAGUAGUGGAGAGGGAACGUGACAUACUUCGGAGACUGGUUGAAGCUUUACUGGACAAGCGGAAUGACGAUGAGGAUCGUGUGUAUGAACUCGAAAAAUUGUUCAUUGGCAAUCAAUCUGCGAAGGUGUCGAAUGGUACUAUCAUCUCAAUAUCACUGUGAAGACCAAAGAAGCUGCCAAUGAUGCGGGCAGCACCAGUCUAUUCUUCGUUGAAGUCGCACGUGAUUCGAAUGAUAUCACAGGAUAUUAUAUCAACACUUUCUCCAGGGUUGACACUGACGGCCAGGAUCGUGGAGCUACCUGCAAUGGCUGUAUAAACAAUGAAAGUGAUGGUAUGAAGCACCCGCGUGCUGCUUCAUUCAAAGGCGGCCACAUGAACAUCCGUUUCCCACUUGGUUUUGGUCCCUGUAAUGAGAAGCAGUGGGCCGACUCCCGUCACAGUGAAGCUCAGUUUAAAGAAAUGCUAAAAAAAGGAGAAAAGGAUAAGAGACCAUUUUGAGUUCCUUGAAAAUGCUGAACAUCUGCGCCGCAAACAUCUUAAUUAUCGACAUGAAUAUCAAAUAAAUCUCCAGGUUCGAGUCCCAAUCUCCUUCUAUGUGUUAGUAGUUGUGUGUCUGUCAAGUUUUUUGUCCCAUUCCCACGUGAAUUUUUAGAUGUUUAGAGGAAGAAUCCUGAAAGCUCCUGGAUGUUGGUAGUGUUACCAAACUGUUUUUUUAGUUCCGAGCCUGUUUUCUGGCGACCUGCUUGUGAGAAGAAUAGGGCACUUGCCUCUGAACUGCUCAGUAGUUUGCUUGGGUUUGUAUCCACCCUGAAACUUGAUUGUUCUGAGGUCACUAAAUCUGUUUGGUGUCCAUUAUUGGUGUUUGAAACUGGUCUGCUAUCUGUUUUCCUUUGCUCUUUUAGUUGUGCCGUUGCAUGUUUUUGUUUAGAUGACUCCAUAUACUCGUUGACUGCUGAGGAAAGUAGUGUUGCUGAUGUGAUUUUGAAAAUUGAACUACUGUGCAAUCACGGUCCAUAGUACUAUAUAUUUCGCCACCAGCCACCUUUUUGAAUGUCAGUCGUCUGCAGUUCUCUAGCUCUGUUGUCUUUUGGAGGCACUGCCUGUAUGCGACAUGGCCGUGAACUCAUCUUGUAUUCAAAUUUUGUGUUUUUGACUAGUUCUUUGAUUGCUGCUUUUUUAAAGUCGGAUGAAGAAUUUGCCUCUGAUUCAGAUGAAGAGUGAAGAUGUCCCUGCCUAUUAUCACCUGUUUUCAUUUAUCAGUAGAUUGAACUCAGUGGAGCUUUCGAGUAUUUGAACUUGUUACCAAGUUAAACACCCGACUUAAUCUUAGCUAUUAUGACGUUUGUGUGUAAUGUCAUAUGUGAACAAGGCUGGAAGGCUUGUCCAAUUUCUUUUGUGUUCUUUAUUUACCCUGUCUGGAAUAGUAGCUUAUUUGCAUACCACCACAAGCUGUUCAAGCAUCGAGACGAAACCUUAGCUUUGGCCCUGUUUCUGUUUGCAUAGAUUGCCACGUCUCUCGUGCUCCCCCUCGCUGUGCUCUGGCUAUCCUCGCCAGGACUGCAGUGCCAUUGCACCAUUGGGUGAUAGCAUUGUGCCUAGGUGGCGUGCACAGAUGAGACCUUGUCGGUUCUGAUGGUGAUCCCAUUACGUGUGGCUAUCACUCCAUAAUGCGGGGCUGGUGACCUCGGCCAGAUCAAGGUCUGACAACCUAGAUAGUACAUAUAUCAUCUUGGUUAGUGCAGUGCCACUCCACCAUCGCGAGAGACUUUGUUAGGCAGGUAUCAACUUUCCUAGGUGUAGGAUUAUUGCAGUAAAAAGCCUUCAUAAACUAGUUAUUGCUUUUUCUUUUAAUAUCUGAAACACCAUGCAUUCCAUUAGCUAGUGCCUGCUCGAUGAAACAUAUACUAAGCUGGAACUUUGCUUCUCUGAAGAGAGCACCGAUCGGCGCGCGAUCCCACUGUGACGUCUCCAUGGCUAUCUUAACUGUUUGACAGCCAGUGGAAAAAAUGACACGGCCCAUACCAAAAUUUUCAGCAAGAUGAAUAGCAUGUACGAACGCUAUAGUCUCCGCAUGCAGGGCAUCGGAAACAUCUCUUAGUUGGCCUGCAGCAGCAAAAAGCACACCCCUAAUUGUGGAGAGCAACUAGUUAACGAGCGCUCCGAAGGAAGGAGCGCUCCAAACGAGCGGUUCAGGAGCGCUUCGCACGUAUCGCGCCCGGAGCGCUCCCGUGAGGGAAAACCAGCCAAUGCCGUUGGUUUUCGGUUUUUCCUUUCCGGUUUGAGGUUUCAUGCAUUUUGCAGUUUAACCCUUCAACUACUUGAAUUUUUUGUUUUUCCUUUCUGUGCGAUAACAGACAGAAAAUAGCGGCCAACCGCGUGGGCGGUUCCCUGUUUCCUUUUUGUUUUUCUUUUUGUUCCCAUUAUAUUUUUGGGAAAUGGAGUUUUAUGAGGUAGUUACGGGCGGGGCUUCCAACACUAUCAAAUCUGACCUUUCGAGUAAGCAAAAACAGAAACUUUAUCAUACACACGCUUGGACGAGAAAACAUGUUAACGCACGGUCGUGAAGAGUGCAGAGGCAUGUGUGAAUCUUGUCAAUGCCAAUGUGUGAAUUCUCUAUAGUCACGGGCGUAUAGUAGGAGAGGCAUGGGCUCUAUCACUUUACUGACUUGGAGCAUAGAGCAGCGUCACAGUGGUGUAGCUUCCUGUAUCAGCUUCGAGGGGCAGCGUGUUGGUCCUGCAACGUGUUCUCCGUCGUGGUGGCACGCGGCGCCUCCGGCGCAGGGACCCUCCUACUCGUCUUCGACUCGUUAAUUUUCAUAAACAUCUUGAAGGGGGACAUAGGUCGGAAUGUGUGUUGGUUGUGCAACGCGUUCUCCGUCGUGGUGGCACACGACACAGGGACCCUCCUGCUCACCUUCGGCUCGUUAAUAUCUCAUAAACAUCUUGAGGGGGGGAGGCACAUAGGUCGGAGUGUGUGUUAGUCGGGGCAGCGCGUUUUUCACGCGUUUGGUUGGUUGCUGAAGUUCAUGAGAUGCUAUAAGAAGUUGACACCUCAGGAGUAAUUCUUUAUGCAAGUCCUGUAGAAGGCACGGGUGUAGAAGGCACGGGCGUUACAGCCAAGCUACUUCGCCUGGAAAGGCAUGGGUGUGAAACAUUUACUGUCACAUGUGCACAACACCUAGCCACGGUUGAGGCAUGUGAGGUUUGAAUUCUCAAGAGGCACAGGCAUGUUGUCUUCAGAGGCAUGGGCGAGUUGUCUCCAAAGGCAUGGAUAGGAAUUCGUCUUGGGACACUACUAGGAAAAUGCUUAUAGGUAGACAUUUAGCAGUAGCGUUGGUUAGAGACCCCACGCUACUGCUAUUUAGCAGUAGCGCUAGACAACAUCAGCGUUGCAAGCGUACGUUAGCAGUAGCGCGGGAUUUCCCGGCCAGCGCACUUGUUGAUGGGCCACGCUCUUGGCCCCUAGUUGCCGAUUUAGCUAUAACGUUGGGCCUCUUCCCCCGCGCUGCCGCUCAGCCCACCUCUGCUUUCUCCCGCGCCGGCCCGUGCGCCCCUUCCCUCUCACUCACUCACACUCACACGCUGACACUCACAGAUCGAAUCCCUCAAUCCCCGAUCCGGCCGCCGCCCUCGUGUCCUACUCCGGCCGCCCUUCCCCAUGCGGGCCCUCUUCCCCCGUCGGCUGCCCUUCCCCGCACCGUCCC